AGGGGAACGGUGCGGCCUAGCAGUCAAACCCGCAGCCUGAGACAUCAAGGGAGCACGCUUGACCUGUGGGCGGGAAACAACGGAAAAAAGACCUUUAGAAGAAGAAGCCCCUUAAAAACGAUCCUGGAUCUCUGAAAACUGGGAAUCGGCAGCUGGAUUUCUGCACCCCAAAGAUGGGGGACCCGAAUGAACCCUGAUAAAAGAACCGGGUUUGAAGAAACCCCAGGACUCUGUUGAGAUCAGUGCACACAAAGUUUGCAGAGGAUGCCGUUGGUCAGCGGACUGGUUCCCUCUCGAUUCCUGGUCCUCACAGCUCAUCUGGUCAUUGUCAUCACCAUCUUCUGGUCCAGGGAAAACAAUGUCCGUGCUUCCCUCCCUCUUCAGUGUACACCAGAAGAAUAUGCCCGCCGAGACACCGAGAUGGUGGUGGCCUUGUCCGUCACUCUCGGGCUGUUUGCGAUAGAGCUGGCCGGCUUCCUCUCCGGGGUGUCCAUGUUCAACAACAUUCAAAGUCUGUUUUGUAUCCUUCUCAAAGAAUACGGGUGUUGGAAGAAACAUCCUUCUGGGUUCAGUUCCAAGCCAGAGAGGACCCUCACCAUCGAUGAUUUUGAGAUCGGGAGGCCGCUGGGCAAAGGGAAAUUUGGCAACGUUUACCUGGCCCGGGAGAAGAGCUCCAAGUUCAUUGUGGCGCUGAAAGUGCUCUUCAAGUCCCAGAUGGAGAAGGAAGGCGUGGAGCACCAGCUGCGGAGGGAGAUCGAGAUCCAGUGUCAUCUCAGUCACCCCAACAUUCUUCGCCUCUACAACUAUUUCCACGACAAGAAACGAGUCUACCUGAUCCUCGAAUACGCCCCUCGCGGCGAGCUCUUCAAGGAGCUACAGAAAUACCAGCGCUUUGAUGAGCAGAGAACGGCCACGUUCAUGGAAGAGCUGGCCGAUGCCCUCCAGUACUGCCACAAUAAGAAAGUGAUCCAUCGCGACAUCAAGCCUGAGAAUCUGCUGAUGGGCUUAAAAGGGGAGCUGAAGAUUGCCGACUUUGGCUGGUCGGUCCAUGCCCCCUCGCUCAGGAGGAAGACCAUGUGCGGCACUCUGGAUUACCUGGCCCCGGAGAUGAUCGAAGGCAAAGCCCACAACGAGAAAGUGGACCUCUGGUGCAUUGGGAUCCUGUGCUACGAGUUCUUGGUGGGGAAUCCGCCCUUCGAGAGCGAGAGCCACACCGAGACCUAUCAGCGGAUCGUGUCGGUGGAUCUCAGGUUCCCCCCCUUUGUGACAGAAGGCGCUCGGGAUUUGAUUGCGAAGCUGCUGCGUCACAACCCAUCCGAGCGUCUCCCGCUACGAGCCGUAAUGGAUCACCCUUGGGUGAAAGCCCACUCCAAGCGGGUGCUACCACCGGUCUUCAACCCGGAAUCCCCGAACUAACGUUGGAUACCCGGCUGAAUGAUGUCCCCAAUAUAGGGGGGCUGCUAUGUUUUUGUUUUGUGGUUUUUGCUUGCUAUCUCGAGGUUUUGGGGAGGGACAUCUUUUCUGGAUUGGAAACAUCCUUGCACCCCAAGAUUCGUUCUUGAAGAGCUGAUACAGACAGAAAUCUUGUUUCGGAGAGCUUGGAAAAUAAUGUGGGUGGCCACCGUCACCUGGACAGGCAGCUAUGUCUAGAUAUAGAAAUCCCCUUUGAUGUUUUGAUCUUGGCUGACCUUCUCCGUUGGGGUCGUCCCGGAUCUGUCACUGUGUGCAACUUCUUGCAAACCUGUUUUUUUCCAAGGAAUAAGCCUAUUAUUUCCCAAAACGGUAUGCCCCAUCUUAAUAUAUAGAGAACUGUUAGUAAUUGUAAUAAAACUUA